AUGUCUGCCUUUCGGAGUAAGCAGCGACAGCAGAAAGCUAAACAACAGAUUGCCACGCAAAAACUUAUGCCAGUUGAACGCGUCUGCGACGUUUCGAAGUCUAGUCAUAGUCCAUCAAGCUCAUCGCACGUAAAAUCAUUCCCUUAUAAUACGCUUGAUCCAAUUCCUGAAACUGGUACCAAGAAUCACCAAUACGGAUGCGACCAUGAGACUUCACUUGAAGUCACACAAGUGGGACUACCAUCAUUAUUCGCUUUUGCGCCCGCUCAACCCGACCCUUCAAGCUCCGUACCCCAUCUGCCACCUGAUAUAAUUUCCAGAUACUCCCGAGAGUUGAGUACAACUAAACAAAUUGCUUUGAUGUUUUGUUCGCCAGGGCCCGAGAAAUUAGUUGAUUUUCCAAAAGCUGCCGGACAAGCCUUAUCGACAAGCAUCAUUUAUAUGAUAUAUGCCUAUUCAUGCUCGGUUCGAGGGACGAUAAACGAUGAACUGGCUACAGGAUUGAGAGAUGCAGCCAUUGCACAAAUUGGGCAGAUACUAGCUCAAGAAGGGACAUUGUGGUCCGAUUCUACAAUAGCGUCAAUAGCCUAUUUCUCAACAGGUAUUUGGGCAAUUGAACGCAAUGCAGAGGAAGUUGAGGCACACAUGACUGGCGUAGAAUUGUUGGUCAAGAGACGAGGACUGGAGAGCUUUGGAGCUUAUCCUUUUGGACAAACAAUCCGAAAGUACCUAGUAAUGCGUCACAUUAUUGUGAAGGCUAUCAGGGCCGAGGAGCUUCCUCUGAGCUUCAGCAAUUCUUUGAUUCAAUUGAAAGAGAAUGAACCUCAAUGUCGGCGAUUUGCGUCCCCGUUAUAUUGUCCAUCCGGUUCAUUCGAGUCUGUCAGACAGUUGAAAGGAUUCGACGACUCCCUGAUCCAGGUUCUAUACAUCGCUAAGGAUUUGAUUGACCUUAUCAUGGAGGGAUGCGAGCAAACGGUCGAUAAUGCCAAUUACCAAAGCCGCUUAUCUGCAGCUUUGUACUUUUUACAGCCGUUGUACUGUCAAAAUAGGCCCUUCAAAUCUGACAUCCCAGUACUGGAUUUUCGAAUGCUGUAG